AUGCAACACUUUUGCGAACAUUUAUACGAUAGGUUCUGUCAAGACAGUUCAAUGUCUGCGGCAGACACUGCCAGUAUCAUAGAGCGUGUGCAAAAGAUCAAGAACUGUACGCCGGCACCACCAGCGAGGCCUCCGUCACCCCUGCCAGUGCAGGACAUCUUCAUGUCGUCGCAGCCAGCUUUGCCGCCGCAAGCCAUCUUCGUUGAGGAACUAGCUGCGGCACUAGAACCCCAUCUACUUUCACGCGCACAGCUGUGGGAGCUUGGUUACCCAGUGGAAAUCGAGCCAAACUCUACUAAAGCUGUGAUGUACGUGAAUGCACCGCCGCCGCGGCCUACAGUAUUCACCUGCUGGAACCUCAAUGCGCCCGAAUUUGUGCCUGGUUCGCAAACUGACAGUGGCGUCAGUUUAUCGAAUUCUACUCUACGCUCAGACAGUGAACAAGUAACGGACGAAGUGGAACGCUUAUGUGUUCGGUGCAAUAAUGUCUUUCAUAUGACACGUAACGGCAAAUAUUUGACCCAGAGUUUCUGCUCUUAUCAUUGGGGUCGUGUAGUCGAUGGACACUAUGCCUGUUGUAAUAAGGGAUUUGGUUCCAAAGGCUGUGCUUUUAGCUUUUAUCACGUAUGGAGCGGAACUAAGCCGGGUAUAAAUGGACCACUCGAAGGAUAUGUGCGCCCACACUCGCCCCGCGGAGGGGUGUAUGCAAUAGACACAGAGAUGUGUUAUACAACCGCAGGACUGGAGUUAGCCAGUGUGGCGGUGAUAGAUGUGAAUGGCCACGUUGUAUACCAAACUCACGUGAGACCAAGUGCGCCAAUACUUUGUUAUAACACCAGAUUCUCAGGCAUCAGGCCGCGUGUCUUGGACCGCGCGACUAAGACACUGCAAGAUGUACAAUAUGAUCUUCUUGAAUUUGUUGGCACGGAUACUAUAUUGGUUGGACAUGCCCUGGAAAAUGAUCUCAAAGUGUUGAAAUUAUUGCAUACAGCAGUUGUUGACACCUGUGCAAUGUAUCCUCAUGCCAGGGGAUUGCCGAUGCGUCGCUCUCUACGUGAUCUAUCUAAAGGAUUAUUAGGAAGGAAUAUACAGCAAAGCAGUGCGGGCCAUUCGGCUUUAGAAGAUGCUCAAGCAGUUAUGGACUUAAUAUUACUGAAAGUGAAAGAAGAGCAAAUGCUCAGAGAGUGCCAAUCAACCUCAAAUAAGUUAUACUCGUUCGAACCUUAUUACCCUUUAGUCUGUGCCGCCUGAUUUUGUCAUAUGUCCUCCGAAUUGCAUAAAAGCUAUAAAUGUUGUUUGAUUGAGAUUUUGACUAAAAACUUACAUAGUAAACCCCUACAGUUCUGAACUUACACCAAAGUAUGGAGCUAAGACUUGCCCCCUAAAAUAAAUGUAGAGUUUGUAUAUGUACUUUAUUUUUAUUUUAUUGUUU